UCCGUGAACGCAGCGCCGGAGCUCCUUUGACACUUGGAGCAGCAGCAGCUAAAACUGACCGUCAUGUCUGAGCAGGAACUGGGGAAGAAGUGGGACCGCUGCCUGGCAGACGGGGCCAUUAAACUGGGUACCGGGCUCGGGUUAGGAGUUGUGCUUUCCGUCCUGUUCUUCAAAAGGCAUACUUGGCCGAUCUCCGUCUCUGCUGGAGCUGGACUCGGCAUGGCGUACGCCAACUGCCAAAACGACCUGAGGUCACAUUUCAUGCAGCACAGAAGAGAAAAGGAGCAGUAACUGCAAGUCAUCAAUGGGGAUUUAUUUUAUUUUUGCAACGAUCUUGAUUGUUUUUGCUUCGUCUGUGGGAGUGUCACUACUUGCACUAUUCUACAGUUAGAAUCUUGUCCCUCCAGUGAUUAUGCUUCCCUUGAAUGGCUUUAUGAUUUGUAUGUGUACAGCACCGUCUGUGUUUAUUUAAUAAAAUGAUAACUGCAAAAAACCGAGUGAUGCUUGGUUGAUCAAAGUU